AUGUCGGAUAUCAAAGAUCAAGUUGUGGUUCAAACGUCUGCGGGACCCUAUAACAACACCUCAUCGUCCCAGUCAUCUCCUAAACCGUAUACUUCGGUCGGAGUAGAAGCGAACCAUCCAGAUGCUGAUUCUGGCUCGGAGAUGCCUGCAGAUCAACUUGAUCAGACAAAGAAAGGGAAAUUUGCGUACUUUAGGACCAAGGAAUUCUAUAUCAGUCUCAUACUGGGUCAAAUAUUGGCAAUUACAAACACGGCAACGGGUACAUUCACUUCACUCAUUCAACUACAGGAGACGUCGAUUCCGGCUUUUCAGACAUUCUUUAACUAUGUAUUGCUGAAUCUCAUUUUCACGCCUUAUACAAUGUACCGCUACGGCAUCAAAGGCUGGCUCCAAAUGGUACGCCGCAACGGUUGGAAAUACAUUAUCCUAUCGUUCUGUGACGUCGAGGGCAACUACUUUAUAGUGAAGGCAUACGAAUACACAACCAUGAUGAGCGCCCAGUUGAUCAACUUUUGGGCCAUCGCAAUUGUGGUCUUUAUUUCUUUCGUCUUCCUACGUGUUCGAUACCACAUCUCGCAGAUCCUAGGGAUCAUUAUCUGCAUCGGCGGCAUGGGAGUUUUGAUUGCAUCGGACCAUAUUAAGGGCACCAACGGCGGCAAGGCCUCGAACCAGGUGAAAGGCGAUCUUUUUGCCCUCCUAGGCGCAACUUUCUACGGCCUCGCAAAUACGGGUGAGGAAUACUUCGUCAGCAUGCAACCCGUCUACGAAGUCCUGGGCCAGAUGGCGUUCUUCGGAAUGAUCAUCAACGGCGCCCAGGCUGGUAUCUUCGACCGUCACUCGAUCAGAACCGCCCACUGGAACAGCAAGGUCGGAGGCUACCUGACCGGAUAUACACUCUGUCUCUCACUUUUCUACAGCAUGGCUCCGCUCCUGUUCCGCUUGUCUUCGGCUGCGUUCUUCAACAUCUCCAUGUUGACCAUGAACUUCUGGGGUGUCAUCAUCGGUGUCAAGGUCUUCGGCUACAGCAUCCACUUCAUGUACCCCAUCGCCUUUGUGCUCAUUAUCCUCGGCCAGCUCAUCUACUUCUUGGGCCGCAGGGUCCUGGGUGAGGCACGCAAGCCCUGGCUCGGUCAGAAUCAGGAACAUGGUAUCGCUGGCUUCUUCACCGCAAAGAAAAAAAUUGAGUCCGAGAUCGGCUCUACUCCUAGUCCUAAUUCAGUGGCUAAUGACACGACCACUGCGGAUGAUGAGCCUCGACAAACUAAUACCAGUGCUGUUUAG